GAAGCGAAAAAAGCACAUUUAUUAUACCACAUUUGUUAUACCACAUUUAUUAUACCACGUUCAUUACUACAAUCAUUAUACAAGCUGACCAACUAAUUCACUCUUUUGCAACGAAAUAACAUGACUGAGUUCUACGAGCCAACUCUUUUGUUCAGACAAAACGCCAUGAAGCGUUAUAGCUGUCCAUUAUCACCCAUAGCCAGCGUUUCUACCCUUGAUGUUUCGUCGACGCUCACUGGGAGCAGCGAGAUGUCAAGAUUGAGCAAAACCGUUAGUCCCCAAUGGAUGCUUAAUCAAAAUAAUCCUAAAGAUACAGAAGUCUUGAGUAAGACCUGUGCAUUGAAUCGAUUGAAUAUCAAGUCCAAUUAUUGGCAAAUACCCGAUAAUGAUAUGAAUUUAACUGCCAUGGCCAUCAAUAAAAAGGAAACCGAUACCCCAAUCAUGGCUAUUUCCAGUGGGAAUAGGGAACAAAACUUAUAUAUCUAUGAAUUGGAUAUAUUGAACAAUUACUUAACCCAUCAUAAUACUAUAUCACUACCUAACAUACAUUCAAUGAAAUGGGUACCAGAUACCAAUACACAAAACUCAAAAUAUUUACUUACUGGGAAUAAUAAGGGAUACGCACAUUUAGUAUCGAUUCCCACUCCAAAUCUUUACAAGACGUAUACAUUAAGUGAAGAAGAUGAAGAAAAUGAAUCAGCAGAAAUAGUGAAAAGAUUCAACCACAGGAAACAUUUAAAAUCAAUUAAUAAAAAUCCAUCACUUUUAGCCCAUCAACAAACAAAUAUAUCAAAAUUAGGUUUUAGUAAAUUUGAUAAAAAUUUAUUAUCAAUUUACGAUGAUAAUUUAUUUUUAUGGGAUAUGAAACAAGUUGAUUCUCUGUAUAAGCCAAAACCAAUCAUGAUAUCAAGUAUUAAUGGUUUAACCAACUUUGAUACUACUUCAACUAGUGAAAACGUUAUUGGGGUUUGUGGGAAAUUUGGUGUUUCAUUAUUUGAUACUAGAGAUCCUAAAUUCAGUGUUCCUUCUCUGGUAAUUAAAAGUGCUGGUCGUAAAAAAUUAUCUGCUAAUAUUAUGAGAUGGAGUGAUAAUAACGCUUAUGUUUUCGCAUCUGGCCAUAUCGAUGGUAAUAUAAGAUUAUGGGAUGUUAGAAAACAGGACUGUUUUGCUACUUUACAUGGUCAUCAACUGCAAGUAACUAAUCUCGAAUGGAAUCAACAAGAUUUGUUCUCUGGUGCCAAUGACGGUAAUAUCAUCCAUUGGGAUUUAACUAGUGAUAUCAAGACCGGUGAUUCUUUCAGUGAUGAUUCGAAUAAUUUAAAAAAUUGCUCUUUGAAAGAAGGUAUUGAUAGUGUUAAAUUUAAUCCUCAGAAAAAUUCAUUACAAGAUAAAUUACUGGAAAGACAAUGUGGUACAACCUUACCAGCAUCAAAUACUAAGAUUGUUGGAAUGUCUUCGGUCAAAGGUAGUGAUAGUGAUGACUUGAAAAUCUUAUCGAUCGACGGGUCUUCGUUCUUUGGUGUUCAUUCUAAAAUUUAUGAAGCAGUUAAUGUUAAUAUUAAUACCGAGAAAUUAUAUUACACCAAAGAAGAUGUUGCUCUAUUGGUUAAUGAACAUUCUAACAGUACUCUCUUAAACUCAUGUGACUCCAUCGAUCAAGUCACUAAACCUUUGGCCAUUUCCAGAAAACCAACUACUAAAUUAAUCAAUAACGACUCCGAAGAUACUUUACUCUCCCACGAACCACAGCAAAUCGAUUAUAAACUAGACAUUAAUGUCGAUGACUUUGAUCACGAGGACGACUACGAAGACCCCGACUCCAGUCAAGAAUUUAACUUCAACAGCAACACCAUCUACGAAACCCCCAACAACGACUCGGUAUACUCGGUUGAUCUGCAACCAAGAUACCUCGAGUCUCCUAACAUAAGUACCGACGAAACCACCAAUACCGAUUUCGACGCCUCCAUAGAAACUCUAUCAACCAACCCAACCAUAAUGGAACAACCCAUCCCGGAGAAGGAAACCCCCGAUGUCUCCAACGAUUUCCCUCUAUUGGCAAUCAAUUUCGACGACGAUGAAGAUGCAGAAGAAAAGAAGUGA